AUGACAAGCGAGGAAUGGAGCCAGAACGAAAUUACUACCUCGCAAUUCCUGUACGGCGACCGCUUUAACCCGAAUAACAUCUGCUCCAACUGUGGACACGCCGGACACUGGCUCGGCGACUGCGUCUUUCCGGACGACAACGGCACCAUCAUGGGAUGUCCGAUCCAUAACACAAAGCUUCACGUCCUCGACGACUGCCCGGACCUGCCGCAUAUGAGCUUGCAGCAGCGCGUGACAACCAUCGUCGUGCGUAGGCGAAACAAGCCCGCGAUCCGGUCGAGGAAGCCGUGGAUCGAGCUCGUCAAGGAAGCCAUGGGCCAGGGCCUGGAAGAGUUGGUCUGGGCACCCUCGGUAUGGACGCAGGAAUUUGUGUUGCGCAUGAUUCACGACCGCAAAAGCCUUCAGCCGUGGCUCGACUUUGAUUACGGACGGGACCUCGUGUCCAAGUUGCCUGUCGAUCCGGAGACGCAGGGAGAUCUCAGGUCUUUGCUCCGGAAGUGUUCUUUGUGGGAGCAGGUUCAUAGGCCGGUCCGUCAGGCUCGCUGA